GCGAGUUGGCGGAGGCAUAUUGCCCCAGCCAAUGGCGCCGAAGCCUCGGUGGUGAGUGGCCUGCGCGCUGGCCAAUAGGCGCCUGUUUCCCCCGCCCUCGCGAGGAACGAGAAGGAUGAAGGAGUGAGCGGAAAGGGGGACGGCCUAUUGCGGAGGCUGAGCAGGAGGCGAGGCCAUGGCGGAGAGCGACUGGGACACGGUGACGGUGCUGCGCAAGAAGGGCCCCAGCGCAGCCCAGGCCAAGUCGAAGCAGGCUGUCCUAGCUGCUCAGAGAAAAGGGGAAGAUGUGGAGACCUCCAAGAAAUGGGCAGCAGGCCAAAACAAGCAGCACUCCAUCACGAAGAACACGGCCAAGCUGGACAGGGAGACGGAGGAGCUUCACCACGACAGGGUCCCCUUGGAAGUGGGGAAGGUGAUCCAGCAGGGCAGGCAGAGCAAGGGGCUGACCCAGAAGGACCUCGCCACGAAAAUCAAUGAGAAGCCACAAGUCAUCGCCGAUUACGAAUCUGGAAGGGCAAUACCCAACAACCAGGUGCUGGGUAAAAUAGAGAGAGCCAUUGGUAUGAAGCUUCGCGGGCGGGACAUUGGUAAACCCCUCGAAAAAGGCCCGAAAGGGAAGUGAUGACAAAGCCUCGAAAUCAGUUUGCCCCGACUGGUCUCGCCUGGCCGUUUCCUGGGCGGCCGGGUCUCUCUCUGUCUUCGCCAAGCUCAGCAAGACCGCUUGAGACUUGCUAGAGGGGAAACCUGCAGAAUUUCAGCCCUUGCUGUCUAAAUCGGCCAAUUUCCCAACUGGUGACGUGUUCUCUCCUGACUCUCUCCUUCCGUCUUGAGAUUGAGUAUCCAAAAUCUAAUAAAUGCUGCAUCUGAAUCUGCCAGGGGCGAUAAAGAAAAUGAAAUAGUGUUGUUUAUCUUUUGGUGUGUGGAGCAGCUGGGGUUGGUCUCUGGCUGAAGCAUUUGUGGGGAAGGGCAGGAUCCAGAGAAACGGUGGAGGCAUGGGUGGCAGAUUUCUCCAGCUGUUUUUCGUAUGUCCAUUUCUUCCAGCUGCUCUAAAGGGAUCUCAAAUAAAGCUUGUUACCCUUCAA